AUGACUGAAGAACAAAGGGCGGCGUCUUAUAGUCACCUCUACGACUUUACGAGCGUCAAAAGUUUGGUGCAUUGGUUUCAAAUAAUUCGCGCAAACAAUUUUCAAAUGUAUGAUGAACUACCGCCUUAUUCAUCAUCUACCGCUUUGGGUCGUUGCUGCCACAAAUUUCCCACGGAGCAAAUUAAGACGCCUGUCGCUAUAUUUUACGGUGGAAGCGAUAGUCUGGUGAAUAUUGAAGUAUUACUUAAACAACUACCGGUUCCCGUUUUUAAAAAAGAGAUAAAAAAAUAUGAACACUUAGGUACGAGCAAUCUAACGAAUUCACUAGCCUCUUGUGAUAUAACCGAUCUCUCAUAUAAAUUCCUAUAA